GUAGUGUGAGAGCAUGCAGGAAUCAAAAAGCUUGCAAGAAGCCCAAGGUACUGCUACGUGAUUUACCAUGGAAAAAUUGCUCUGUGGCAUCCUGGUGUUUGGAAUGGCUGUCAUGGUCAAUGCUUGUCCCAAAUAUUGUGUCUGCCAGAACCUGUCUGAGUCGCUUGGGACUUUGUGUCCCUCGAAGGGUCUACUGUUUGUACCGCUAGACAUAGAUCGAAGGACUGUUGAGCUUCGACUUGGGGGAAACUUUAUUAUUAAUAUCAGCCGACAGGAUUUUGCCAAUAUGUCUGGGCUCGUUGACCUCACAUUGUCCAGAAACACCAUCAGUUAUAUACAGCCGUACUCUUUCACUGACCUGGAGAGCCUUCGGUCUUUGCAUCUGGACAGCAACAGGCUGCCUGACAUUGGAGAAGAUAUUUUGAGAGGCUUAAUUAACCUUCAGCACUUGAUUUUAAACAACAACCAGCUAACCAGCAUCUCUGAUGAAGCCUUUGAGGAUUUUUUGCUGACGUUGGAAGACUUAGACCUUUCCUACAAUAACCUCCGAAGCAUUCCCUGGGAAUCUAUAAGGAAGAUGAUAAACUUGCACCAGCUCAGUUUAGAUCAUAACCUGAUAGACUAUAUUACGGAGGGGACGUUUGCAGAUCUUCAGAAAUUAGCCAGAUUGGAUCUAACAUCCAACAGACUUCAGAAGCUUCCCCCUGACCCUAUCUUUGCCAGAUCUCAAGUAAUUCCAUUAGCUGUUACCCCGUUUUCUCCACCUUUGUCUCUCAGCUUUGGGGGUAACCCACUACAUUGCAACUGUGAGCUGUUGUGGUUGAGGAGACUUGACAGGGAUGACGAUAUGGAAACUUGUGCUUCUCCUCCGGGUCUAAAGGGAAGGUACUUCUGGUAUGUACGGGAGGAAGAAUUUGUUUGUGAGCCUCCUCUUAUCACACAACAUACUCACAAGUUGCUGGUUUUAGAAGGGCAAACUGCCACACUGAAAUGCAAAGCCAUUGGGGAUCCCACACCCAUCAUUCAUUGGGUGGCCCCUGACGACCGCCUCAUCGGAAACUCUUCAAGGACAUCUGUCUAUGACAAUGGCACCUUAGAUAUUCUCAUCACUACAUCCAAGGAUUAUGGGACUUUCACUUGCAUAGCAGCCAAUGCUGCUGGAGAAUCGACUGCAACAAUAGAGCUCUCAAUUGUUCAGCUCCCUCAUCUCAGCAAUGGCACAGGCCGAGCUGCCCCACCAAAGUCCAGGCUUUCAGACAUCACCAGCUCCAGCAAGUCUAAUCGAGGGGAAACAAAAGGCCCACCAGAAAGAGCAGUCCUGGUGUCAGAAGUGACCACUACCUCAGCUUUGGUGAAGUGGACGGUGAGCAAGUCAGCCCCCCGAGUAAAAAUGUAUCAGUUGCAGUAUAACUGUUCGGAUGAUGAAGUCCUGAUCUACAGGAUGAUUCCUGCUACAAACAAAGCAUUUGUCGUAAACAACCUUGUUUCUGGAACAGGCUAUGACCUCUGUGUUCUGGCAAUGUGGGAUGACACCGCCACUACUCUUACUGCCACCAAUAUUGUAGGGUGCGCCCAGUUCUUCACCAAAGAAGACUACCCUCAGUGCCAGUCGAUGCACAGCCAUUUCCUGGGUGGGACCAUGAUUCUGAUCAUUGGGGGCAUCAUUGUGGCAACUCUGUUGGUGUUCAUUGUAAUACUGAUGGUCCGCUACAAGGUCUGCAACAACUCCCAAGGGAAGAUGUCCAACGUCAGCAACGUCUACUCACAGACAAAUGGAGCACAACCGGUUCAAAAUGGAGUCCUGCCCCAAGUCAACCCCAAAGUGGUGGUGAGAAACGAACUUAUGGAGUUUAACUCUGGGUCUGUGAGAAGCAGCAUCUCCUCUUCUUCCAGCUCUAUGAAUAGCCGUGACUGUGAUAACUAUAGCCUCCAAAGUGAACAGGGCACAUUGUCCAGUAAGUGGAGGCCCCCCUCGAGGUCAAAACACAACAUUGACCGUCUAAUGGGAGCUUUUGCCUCCCUGGAACUGAAAUGUCAGAAAAAGGAGGAGACGACAGACUCCAGAACUUCCACGGCGGCCCGCCAUUCAGACAAAGAACCACUGCUGGGCCAGCCGGAGUCCAAAUUUCGCAGCCUCCUCAUGUUACCUCUGGAGGGCAAAACUAAACGUAGCCAUUCUUUUGACAUGGGGGACUUUGCUACAUCUCAGUGUUGUACCUACCCAAAAAAGAUAACGAACAUUUGGACAAAGAGGAGCCUCUCGGUGAAUGGCAUGCUUUUACAGUACGAUGACAAUGACCUAACAGGGGCAAAAGGGACUUACGGGAGUUCAGAGUGGGUAAUGGAAAGCACAGUGUAAAUAUCAAAGUCUCCCCCCAUCUUCUCCACUCAUGUGUUAUAUAUUGUGGUUUGCUGCAGUAGCAUGCUGCUGCUGCAUUUGGAAAGAGAGGGGAGGAAAUGUUUUCAGUUGUACUGGCAAAACGGAUAGGUAAAUAAAUAAGUAAUUGGGAUGCUGAAAGAGAAAGAAGGUCUUGUAAUGUGAAUAGGCACAUAUGGUACUGUUCCUGUUGGUCCCCAGCUGAAACGUGUGAAUGUUUCAAGAAAUUUACUGUUGUAUUUAUCAUUGCUUUCCAAAAGUUUUUCAAAUUCUUGGUGAACUGUCAAACAAGAUUAAACAGAGGAUGAAAAGGGGUUUAAGAGCAUAAAUUUAAAGGUUUUCUUUUUUUAUAUAAGGGCAACUCUUUUAUCCACAGAAAUGCACUUCUGUGGAUGUAAGACUGGUGCUAGGAUGCAUCUGGUUAUUAUUGCGAAUGACUUUCUCAGAUGCACAGGCAGGGCAUCUGCAGGGACAGAUUAAAGCAAAUUGUUUAUCUUGUAGCGUUAACUGUGACAUCUGGGAAAAUAACAAUACCUGUCGAAUGGGCUUUUGGUUUGGGAUUUGCUGAUUUUUUGUUUUGUUUUGCCUUGUGAGUGCUUCUGGGCUGUUUUGUUUUGAUGGU